GCUGCAAGGCUGGAUGAGCUGGCGGGACGCAGCCUUAGCUUUGUAUGCUGCAGGCAGUGAAGUGCACUUUGGCACUGUGCCUGUGGAGAGGCUGUGGGCCAACAUUGGCAAGUUCAUCCCCAAAGAGGCCGCCAACAUCAGUGAGGCUUGGUGGCCCUUCCAGUCACACCUCGCCUUUUUGCGGCUCAACUACCGCCAUUUUCACAAGCACCGAUUGCCUGGCUGGGCACGGUACCGCUCUGCACCUGAGCCU